AUGCAAGAGAAGCUAUCGGCUGGGGCGAGCAACGCACUUCCGACUACUCUUUCCAACUCAGCAAGCUACGUUGAUUUUGAAGGAACCGAUGACCCUGACCAUCCUCAGAAUUGGAGACUGUCUAGGAAGCUUCUCGCCUCGAUCUUAGCUUGUUCAGGAACCUUCAUCGUCUCUCUAGCCAGCGCCAUCUUUGCACCAGGGGUUGAUCAAGCAAGCAAAGUUUUUGGGGUCGGGACAGAAGUCGGGAUACUGGGAACAACCCUUUACGUUCUUGGCUUUGCAGCAGGUCCUCUGAUCUGGGCACCUGCAUCGGAGCUACGGGGAAGAAAAUGGCCUUUGACAAUAGCAAUGUUAGGCGGUGGAAUCCUCACUAUUGCAUCAGCAGUGGCCAAGAAUAUCCAGACCUUGCUCAUAUGCCGUUUCUUCGCUGGCAUGUUUGGCGCAAGCCAAAUGACUGUUGUCCCUGGUGUAUUAGCUGAUCUAUAUAACAACACCACUCGCGGGGCAGUAAUUACGCUAUAUGCGCUGACUGUUUUCGUGGGACCGCUUAUGGCUCCUUUUGUGGGUGGCUUCAUUGCGUCGAGUUAUCUUGGCUGGCGGUGGACUCUUUACAUCCCGGCAAUUUUCGGCCUGGCAAAUGGGCUAUUGAGUGUUUUCUUCUUGGAUGAGACAUAUCCGCCUUGUAUUCUCGUGAUGAAGGCUGCUGCUAUCCGCAAAGAGUCCCAAAAUUCGAGGAUUCUUGCCAGGCAUGAGGAGAUCGAGUUUCACAUCGCGGGUCUGGUGGAGAAAUACUUCACACGUCCAUUGAAGUUGCUCUUCACGGAGCAUAUUAUACUGUUGGUGUCAAGUUACAUGUCCUUCAUAUAUGGGCUUGUUUAUGCGCUUCUUGAGGCAUAUCCUUUGAUCUUCGAGCAUGUGUACGGAAUGACUCCUGCUGUUGCUGGUCUGAUGUUCAUAAGCUUCAUCAUAGGCAUGGUGCUCGCCUGUGGAUUCGUUCUUGUUGGGCAGCUGGCCUAUGCAAAGAAACUGGCAGAGAAUAAAGGCAUCCCUGUUCCCGAGUGGCGCCUCGCUCCAACAUUUCUAGGAGCGCCUCUAUUGGCAAUUGGUCUCUUUUGGUUUGGUUGGACUGGAUUCACACCCAAGAUUCACUGGGCAGUACCUGCUUCUGCCGGGAUAUGCAUCGGAUUUGCAGUCUUAUGCAUAUUUCUUCCGUGCUUCAACUAUAUCGUCGAUGCAUACGUGCCAAUAGCUGCUUCGGCUGUUGCUGCGAAUAUCAUGCUUCGAAGCGCAGUAGCUGCAAGCUUUCCGCUAUUCUCGAGGCAAAUGUUUCAAAAUAUGGGAAUACAAUGGGCUAGCACGUUGCUUGGCUGUUUAGCCGCAAUGAUGAUCCCUAUUCCAAUCAUAUUCAGGGCUUAUGGACCUCGGCUACGAGGAAAAAGCAAAGUGUUCUCAUGA